GCGUUUCGUGUGCCAUGAAAUCGCCAAACUUGUCUUCAACUAGAUCUGACGAGAUGAUUCAGCAAGAGGAGAUAAUGGAGGACACGACUGGAAUGGCAGAGGAUGAUAGCUAUUUCGACAGCUAUGAAGAUAUCGAGAUUCACCGAUUGAUGUUAAAAGAUGUACCCCGUACGGAAGCCUAUCAAAAAGCUAUUCUUGGCAACAAGCAACUAUUUGAGGGGAAAGUCGUUAUGGAUAUCGGAGCAGGAACUGGAAUUCUUUCGUUGUUUUGCGCCCAAGCUGGAGCCGCCAAAGUCUAUGCGGUCGAAGCUAGCCGCCUGGCCAUUCUCACCCGGGAAGUGGUGGCCAAAAAUGGUUUCUCACACGUGAUUGAGGUCGUUCACGGGAAAGCCGAGGAGAUUGACCUGCCCCAAGGCGUUCAGGUGGACGUCAUCGUCUCGGAAUGGAUGGGCUUCUACUUGCUGCACGAGUCGAUGCUCGAGUCGGUCCUGCUAGCUCGUGACAAGCAUCUCAAACCCGAUGGGGUGAUGCUACCCUCGAAAGCCACCCUCUUCGCAGCUGCUUGCCGACUCGGCGAAUUUUACAGCCAACAGGUGCAUUUUUGGAACCACUUGUACGGCCUGGAUUUGUCACCUGUCGGCCAGGCCGUCUUGGAUUCGAAGCGAUGCAAACCCGAAGUGGCCAUUGUCAAAGCUGACGAGCUACUCAGCGAACCCGUUCAACUUGCGGAUUUCGAUCUGGCCUGGCUGGGUCCAGAUGAAAUUGAACGGAUUCAUUCACGCGCUUUCACUUCCAUCGUGUGCGACCAACCAACCGAAUACCAAGGCGUCUGUUUGUGGUUUGACUGCUCGUUUGAAUGGCCAGAUCAGAUUCCGUGUGCGCCGGUCAAGCUCAGCACGUCGCCAAGUUCAGCGGCCACGCAUUGGCAGCAGACCAUUAUCGUCUUACCCUCGUCCAUCCCGGUGGAAGAAGGCGACCUGAUCGGCUGGGAAUUGACGCUGAAACGCGGAGUGGAACAUCGGCGGCGCUACCAAAUCGAAUUGAAGCUGCUCGACCCGGAGGAAGACGAACAUCCCGUGCCGUGCUCCUGCGGGCAGGCGAGGUGCGCCAUCAUUGCGGCUUUUAUGGCCAAAGAGGACCAGGAACCUUUACCCGAUGACCAUGUUGAUGUCUCUACCGGCCAGUCAAGUGCUAUUUAAUAAUGCGGGUGAAUAAAAAAAAAAAGGUAUAGGGGAAAGAAAUUUCUUUAAAAAAUCGUGUCAAAGAAUGUUGCUCUUGGAAAUAAAAAGAAGAAAAUAAUAAGGGGGGAGAUAAGCAAAUGUAAAGAAAAAGGGCGACGGGGGUGAAACUCUUGGGGGCUGUUGGAUGUCGGUUCCAGAUUAAGCUGAAUGUCUAUAGAGCCCUCGUCGUUGACUUAACCCUCAGCUACGUAACUCUUAAACCACCUGAUUCUUCUCUUCCGAACCGUGUGCGGAGCUGACACGGUGACCCAUUGCCGCGAGCCAGUCAAGAUGAGUUUGAUAUUUCUUCCUCUCUCUCGCUCUCCCCUCUCUUUUUUUCUGCUGCGACUUCUAGACCUCUCCAUUUUCAAUCCAUCUCCUUUUUUUUUACGACUAAAAUUCUCCAUUCCCUCUUCUCCUUUGUGCAGCAUAAUAAGUGUUGUUGCACAAAGGCUAGGUUGGAAUGUGGUUCGGGACACGGAGGAAUAAAAAGAAAAAAAGACUCGAAAGAAAAAGAGAAUCUGCGCUGACCCUAAAAAAAUAUAUGAAUAUCGCGCAUUUGCUUUUUCUUCCAAGAGUCUCUUUUUUUUUUUUUUUAAAUGAUGUUACCCGAUUGAGAAAACGAUUCAGCUAUUGGCCUUCCGUCCGCGUUUGGUCGUUCUUCCCGCUUCUGGUUAUUGCCAACCUGGAGAUGAUCGUGCCAUUUAAAGGACUUGACCGACAAUGGCGAAAUCCUGAGGGAAGAAAUAAAAAAAAAAAGGUCCCGGGACUACGUGUUUAUGUACUCUGACCGGCAUGCAGAAAAAAAGGGGGGGGGGGACCUAUCGGGAAAUCUGUGUGUAAAAACACGUAGCGCGGAUGGAUAGCCAUUCAUGAAAAGAAAGGAAAACAAGUUUUCUGUGUUUGCAUUUUGGCGCUCAGUGUUUUGAUUUCUAAUCUUUCUAUUUCAUCCUCCCGCCUCCUUCAUUUUUUUUUUUUUUUAGUUCAUUGUGUUAUAGACUAACUAAAAUUCAGUCGCCGGGACUAAUAGGAACGAAAACGGUCGGUUACUUUAAAAGCUGCCCACGGGCGUUGCUAUAGCCUCGAUCGAGAAAAAGAGCGCGUACAGCUAGCCACCUUGCUCCGUGAGCCAGUCCGUGUAACAGAGAAGGGAGGAGCGUGAUGACAAUGCCAAGAAUGUUCUGUAAAUCCCCUCUUCUUUUUAUUUUUCUACCCUUCUCCCAAAAUCCACUUGCGGCUACAUGGGGCGUUGAUCUACUGACAGAGGUGAAAGUUCGGAUACGCUUCUUCUCAUUUUCAUUCCACUUUUUUUUUUCUCCCCUUCAUUUUUAAAAACGCAACAAGAAACAAAACAAAGAGGAAAGAAUUUUUUUUUUUAAUAUUCAGGAGCAACAGUUCACGCAUGGGGGCAACAUGUUGAAUGAUUAUGUUGACAUGUCCUGGUUUUUAACAACUCCGAAAAGGAAGCGAAAAAAGAGACUUCUUUUUGCUCCUAAUUUGCAUCUUGGAUUUCUCACUGUCGGUUAGUAAAAAAAAUUUUUUUCUGUCAGUGGUAGAGAAAAAUCACAGCCGCAACACACACACCUUUAUUUUCGUGCGUUCAUAUCGUUGAUUUCUUCCCUUCCGCAUUCGGGCGAAAAAAAAGACGCGUGAGUCGCUUGACCCCGAUUUCCUUAUACGAUCGUUCGGACAUUUUGAGCUGCUGCAACAACAACAACAACAGCAGCGUGGCUCUUAAACUCCUUUCUCUCGUCCGUUGUUUCUCGCUACCAUUUUUUGUUUUCCUUCUAUAGCUUCUUUAGAUUAUUUUCCUCAAUGUGAUUACACUUCCAAAUCAACCUCAAUUCAUUUGGGCUGCCAUCAUUUCCGAACUACACGCUAUUCUCAUUUUCUUCUUUUCUCCUUGUCUUUUUUUUUUUUGCUUCGUUCUUUAUCUACGUGAUACUACGCACUUAACAAUUCAGCACGAUCGGUUUUUUAUUUUGUGUGUGAAUGCGCGCUUUGUUGUUGUUAGGCUGGAUUCUUGUUCUCUCUGUGAUGGGCCAUAGUCAUUCCGGUCGGAUCGCCCCGAGAGAGAAAGCUUCUUAGGUCCCACGCGUUGGCUGAAAGCACAAAAAAAAAAAAACUGACCCAUAUGAAUUUCAAAAGGAAAUUACCCUUCGGAUUUUUGUGUUUUGUUGUAUACCUUGUUGUUUUAAAUGCUUGCGCUAGCAGCGAUAUAAUAGCUUUUCUCCCUCUU